AUGGAUCAAAAGUUACAAUCUGCAGUAAGCGAGUCAGCAAAUGUUGCAGCAAAACCUCCAGUACAACCAAAGAAAUUGGGGCCGGUAUUGGGAUUUGUUUCCGGAGGAAUUGCUGCAUGCGGUGCUGUUACUUUAACCAAUCCUUUCGAAAUUAUCAAAACUCGCUUUCAACUUCAGGGACAGCUGACAAAGGUAGAUACAUCUAAAAAAAUCUACAAAAGUGUCCCGCAAGCUUUCAGAUUAAUUGCCAAGCAUGAAGGAAUCCGAGGACUCCAACGAGGUCUUGGAACUGCGUACAUUUAUCAGCUUUUCUUAAAUGGCUGUCGUCUUGGUUUUUAUGACCCCAUUCGCUCGUACUUGAAUCGUAGCUUCCUGAAGGACCCAAAGGGUAAUAGCGUGACCAUCAAUGUUCUUAGCGGUGCUGGAUCCGGUUUCUUCGGUGCUUUGUUUGGCUCUCCUUUCUUUUUGAUUAAAACCCGUAUGCAGUCAUACUCUCCUGUUUUCCCUAUCGGUGAACAAUAUGGCUACAAACAUAUCUUGGAUGGUUUCAAGCGAAUUGUUCACGAAAAUGGGGUUCGGGGAAUUUUUGCUGGUGCCGACGCUGCUAUCAUUCGUACCGUGUCAGGUUCAGCCGUCCAACUUCCUAUUUACAACUGGGCCAAGCGCACUAUCGAACACAACAAUCUUAUGAAGGAGGGAACACUUAAACAUUUAACCGCUAGCUCCAUUUCGGGCUUUGGUGUAUGUUGCUGCAUGCAAGUCUUUGAUACAGUUAUGACUCGUAUGUAUAACCAAAAGAACAAGGAGCUUUACAAGAAUCCUCUCGACUGUAUCCUCAAGACAGUUCGCGCCGAAGGAUUCUUCGCCUUGUAUAAGGGUUUUGGCGCUCAUUUGGCUAGAAUUGCUCCUCAUACCAUAUUCACGCUCACAUUUGCUGAGCAAACGAACAAGCUGUUUUCUAGGUUUUCCAAAGAUUAG